AUGUCGGUCUUGGGGGGAAUCCCCUCCAUGGAUACGCAGCAGCAGCAGCGUCUGACAACCGGUGAAUCAAGACAACAUUAUGCUUCAUCUACUACGCUCCAUAAUGAUGCCAAAGAAGAAAAGGAACGUGAGGUUGAUAUGGAGGACGAGGUCGAGGAGAUGGUGAGGCAACUCACCCGCCACUCCACUCAUUUCUCCUCGGCCAAUGCAGUCAACCCUUUCUUUGAGGAGAACAAGGAAACCACCUGGCAUCCCGGUAGUCCUAAUUUCAGGACAAAAGAUUGGAUUCGGUCCUUGAUCGCCGCUCAGUCGCAAGACCCGGAGCGAUUCCUCCAACGUUCUGCCGGCGUUGCGUUCAAGAGUCUCUCCGUUCAUGGUUUUGGAAGUCCCACCGACUAUCAAAAAGACGUUUUCAAUUCUCUCCUGAGUAUCAGCGGUCUCAUUCGUAACCUUGUUGGAAGUGGAAAACAGAAGGUUCAGAUUCUUGAUAACUUCAAUGGACUUGUCAAAAGUGGAGAAAUGUUGGUGGUUUUAGGUCGCCCGGGAAGUGGCUGCUCAACAUUCCUCAAGACAAUCUCCGGUGAGAUGAACGGCAUCUAUGUCGACGACCACAGCUAUUUGAAUUACCAAGGAAUCUCGGCCCCAACUAUGCAAAAGCAGUUCAAGGGAGAGGCGAUCUUCAGCGCUGAAACUGAUGUGCAUUUCCCUCAACUUACGGUCGGUGAUACUUUGACAUUCGCCGCCAUGGCACGUACCCCACGCACGCGUUUCCCCAACUUGACGAGAAAGCAAUACGCCGAGCACCUUCGUGAUGUCGUCAUGUCCAUGCUAGGACUUCGGCAUACAUUUAAUACCAAAGUUGGCAAUGACUUCGUGCGUGGUGUUAGUGGAGGUGAACGGAAGCGUGUCAGUAUUGCAGAGGCUAUUCUCAGUGGAGCCCCUCUUCAGUGCUGGGACAAUAGUACGCGAGGUCUUGAUAGUGCGAACGCAUUGGAAUUCUGUAAGAACCUUCGCUUGAUGAGCGAUUACGCAGGCACCACGGCCUGUGUGGCGAUCUACCAGGCUUCGCAGAGUGCCUACGAUGUCUUUGACAAGGUCGUUGUUCUGUACGAGGGCCAACAAAUCUACUUCGGCCCGACUGGCGAGGCUCGUGAUUUCUUUACCACCAUGGGCUUUGACUGCCCGUCGCGUCAGACCACUGCCGAUUUCCUCACCUCUCUGACUAGUCCGGCUGAGCGCAGAGUGAAGCCAGGAUACGAAAGAAGAGUGCCUCGAACACCGCAGGAGUUUGCCCUGCGCUGGCAAAACAGUCCGGAGUGUGCCCGUCUUCUGCAGGAGAUUGACGCCUUUGACAAGGAAUAUCCCAUCGGGGGUGAUUCCUUGACGACUUUCAGUGAAGCUCGUCGCCAGAUGCAGUCAAAGCAACAGCGUGUCAAGUCUCCCUAUACGCUUUCGAUUUACGAGCAGAUCUCCCUCAACGUAGUCCGUGGUUUCCAGCGUCUCAAGGCUGAUAUGAGCUUGUUCUACUCGGCUCUUUUUGGCAACUUCUUCCUCUCUCUCAUCCUUGGUAGUGUGUUCUAUAAUCUUUCAUCCGAUACCGCUAGUUUCUACUCGCGAGAAGUCCUGCUCUUCUACGCGGUUUUGCUCGCUGCAUUUGCCAGUGCGCUAGAGAUCCUGACUCUUUAUGCUCAACGGCCAAUUGUGGAAAAGCAAUCUCGAUAUGCCUUCUACCAUCCUUUCACGGAAGCUGUUGCAUCUAUGGUGUGUGAUCUACCGUAUAAGUUCGCAAAUGCCGUGUCGUUCAAUCUUCCGCUCUACUUUAUGGCCAACCUGAAGCGUGAGCCAGGCGCCUUUUUCAUAUUUUGGCUCUUUGCCAUCGUGACAACAUUGACCAUGUCAAUGGUCUUCCGGACAUUUGGUGCCGCAUCGCGUUCUCUGUCCCAAGCUCUGGUUCCUGCUGCUCUACUCAUUCUCGGUCUCGUGAUCUACACAGGUUUCAUUAUUCCCACGAAAGGCAUGUUGGGAUGGUCUCGUUGGAUGAAUUAUAUUGAUCCAAUUGCUUAUUCGUUUGAAAGCAUGAUGGUCAAUGAGUUCCGCAACAGAGAGUUUCCAUGCUCGUCAUUCGUUCCUUCCGGAGAGGGAUACGAAAACGUGGAUGUCAUCAAUACGAUCUGCAGUACUGUCUCUUCAAAGGCGGGAGAACGCUACGUUAGUGGAGAGGCUUACCUUGAGACUGCAUAUGCUUAUACCAACGACCAUCUCUGGCGUAACCUCGGUAUUGUUAUCGCGUUCAUGGUCUUCUUCAUGUUCGUUUACCUCAUCGCGACUGAAUAUAUCACCGAAGCAGCCUCCAAGGGUGAAGUUCUUCUUUUCCGUCGGGGCCGUCAGCCGAAGGCCCAGGCGUCGGAUUCUGAGACCACCGCCGACGCUACCUACCGGGCGGAAGAGAAUGCGGAGGGUGCUGGUGCUAAUAUUCAAAGACAGACUGCCAUUUUUCAGUGGCAAGAUCUUUGCUACGAUAUCAAGAUCAAAAACGAGGAGCGUCGUAUUCUUGAUCAUGUGAAUGGAUGGGUCAAGCCCGGUACCGCGACCGCAUUGAUGGGUGUUUCUGGUGCAGGAAAGACUACACUGCUUGACGUUCUUGCAACUCGUGUGACUAUGGGUGUUGUGACUGGCGAUGUCCUUGUCGAUGGCCGUCCCAGAGACGACUCAUUCCAGCGCAAGACUGGCUACGUUCAACAGCAAGAUGUUCACCUUCCUACUUCCACGGUGCGCGAGGCAUUGAAUUUCAGUGCUUUGCUCAGACAACCAGCCCAUCUCAGUCGGAAAGAAAAGCUCGACUACGUUGACGAAGUCUUGGAGUUGCUUGGUAUGCAAACAUACGCAGAAGCAGUUGUUGGUGUUCCGGGUGAAGGACUGAAUGUUGAGCAGCGUAAGCGCUUGACUAUUGCCGUGGAAUUGGUCGCCAAACCCCAGCUAUUACUUUUCCUUGAUGAGCCUACAUCUGGCUUGGACAGUCAAACCUCUUGGUCUAUUCUCGAUUUGAUUGAAACCUUGACCAAGCAUGGCCAGGCCAUUUUGUGUACCAUUCAUCAACCUUCUGCCAUGCUUUUCCAGCGAUUCGACCGACUGUUGUUCCUCGCUAAGGGAGGACGCACUGUCUACUUUGGCAGAAUUGGCGAGAACUCUUCGAUCUUGGCAGACUAUUUUAUGCGCAAUGGUGGUCACGCUCUUAGUGAAGGCGAGAAUCCUGCAGAAUGGAUGCUUGAUGUGAUUGGGGCUGCUCCUGGAUCCCACAGCGAUAUCGAUUGGCCUGAGACUUGGAAUAAGAGUGCUGAAAAGCAGGCUGUUCUUGACCACUUGGCUGAGUUGAAGUCUACUCUUUCUCAGAAGCAAGUAGAAGACAGUGGUACUACGGAACAUCGUGAGUUUGCGUCUUCGACAAAGGAUCAGCUUGUGCAGUGUCUAUUUCGGGUCUUCUCCCAAUACUGGCGUACCCCCUCCUACAUCUGGUCCAAGCUUGUUCUCUCGAUUCUCACGGCUCUUUACAACGGAUUCUCUUUCUUCCACGCAAAGAAUACCCAGCAAGGACUGCAGAACCAGAUGUUCAGUAUCUUCAUGCUUAUGACUAUCUUCGGAAACCUUGUUCAACAGAUUAUGCCCAACUUCAUUAUCCAACGAUCCAUCUUCGAAGUCCGCGAACGCCCAUCCAAGAUGUACUCGUGGAAGGUGUUUAUGGCCUCGAACAUUAUCGUUGAGUUGCCUUGGAACUUUUUGGUUGCCGUGUUAAUGUUCUUCUGCUGGUACUACCCUGUCGGCCUAUACGCAAACGCCGAACCAAAUGAUGCCGUGCAUGAGCGUGGUGCGCUUAUGUUCCUGUUCCUGUUGGUUUUCCUCUGGUUCACAUCUACGUUCACGAAUAUGGUCAUUGCCGGUGUGGAGACUGCGGAAACGGGAGGUAACAUCGCUAAUUUGCUCUUCGCCCUUCUGCUUCUUUUCUGCGGUGUUGUCGCUACCCCGGAUGAGAUGCCCGGAUUCUGGAUUUUCAUGUAUCGCGUUUCUCCAUUCACUUAUCUGGUAUCGGGAAUGUUGUCCACCGCCGUCAGUGGCACGGAUGUCACCUGCAGCACCGAUGAAAUUCUCACCUUUAACCCUCCGGGCUCUCAAACCUGCUACGAGUACCUGAACGCUUAUGCCGAACGGACUGGUGGAUCCAUUCUGAACCCCAACGCAACGAGCUCAUGCUCAUAUUGUUCUAUGAAGUCUACCGAUACCUUCCUUGCCCAGGUUGACUCUUACUACAGCGAGGCCUGGAGAAACUUUGGAAUCAUGUGGGCUUACUUGGUGUUCAACAUUGUGGCUGCCCUUGGAAUCUAUUGGUGGGCACGUGUCCCCAAAGGAAACAAGACCAAGGGAGGUGCCUAA